AUGGGGGCCUGGGCUGGGGCCCUGCCCUUUCUACUGCUGGGGUUGUUGCUCACGUCCACCCCAAGGGCCCACAGUGCCAACCCCGGCCUGGUCGCUAGGAUCACUGACAAGGGCCUGGAGUAUGCUGCCAAGGAAGGGCUGUUGGGUCUGCAGAGCGCUCUGCACAAGAUCACGCUGCCCGACUUCACCGGGGACUUCAAGAUCAAGCACUUUGGCAGCGUGCGCUAUGAGUUCCACAGCCUGAACAUCCACAGCUGUGAGCUGCUUGACUGUGCUCUGAGGCCCCUCCCAGGCCAGGGUCUGAGCUUCAGCAUCUCCAACUCCUUCAUCCGGGUCCAGGGCAACUGGAAGGUGCGCAAGUUAUUCCUGAGACUACAAGGCUCUUUUGACGUGAAUGUCAAAGGCAUCACCAUUUCAGUCAACCUUCUCUUGGGCAGCGACCCUUCCGGGAGACCCACGGUCACUGCCUCCAGCUGCAACAGCCACAUAGCUGACGUGGAUCUGGAAGUCUCUGGAGAUUUGAAGGAGGUGCUGAAUCUCUUCCGCAACCAAAUCGAGUCCAAGUUCCGAAGAGUGCUGGAGAGCAGGAUUUGUGAAAUGAUCCAGAAAUCAGUGAUCUCCGACCUACAACCUUAUCUUCAAACUCUGCCAGUCACAACAGAGAUUGACAGUUUCUUCGGCAUUGAUUACAGCUUAAUGGAGGCCCCUCAGGCAACAGCCCAAAUGUUGGACAUAAUGCUUAAGGGUGAAAUCUUUAACCUUAAUCAACGCUCCCCAGUUGCUUUCCUCGCUCCUGUCUUGAGUCUUCCUGAGGAACACAGUCGAAUGGUCUACUUCGCCAUCUCAGAUUAUGUCUUCAACACAGCCAGCCUGGUUUAUCACGAGGCAGGGUACCUGAACUUCUCCAUCACAGAUGACAUGAUUCCACCUGACUUUAACAUUCGACUGACCACCAAGUCCUUCCGACCCUUCAUCCCCCGGAUAGCCAGGCUGUACCCCAACAUGAACUUGGAGCUCCAGGGAGUGGUGAUCUCUGCCCCAUUCCUGAUCUUCAGCCCUGGGAAUCUGUCCUUGACCCCCCAGAUGGAGGUUGAGGCCUUCGUACACCUGCCGAAUUCCGACAAAGAGUCUGUCUUCCGGCUCAGCGUGGCCACUAAUGUAUCCGCCAUAUUGAGCUUCAACACCAGCAAGAUCACUGGGUUCCUGAGGCCGGGAAAGGUACAAUUGGAACUGAAGGAAUCCAAACUUGGAGUAUUCAGUGUGGAGCUGUUGGAGGCGCUCAUUAACUACUACCUUCUCAACAACCUCUACCCCAAGGUCAAUGAGGAGCUGGUGAAAGGACUCCCCCUCCCUAUGCUAAAGCGAACUCAGCUCUACGACCUUUUUCUCCAGAUCCACAAGGUGACUGGAUUGGGUGAGGGGCUCUGAGGAUUUGGAUGGGGUUUAGCUUGCCAGGUUUGAAGGCCAUAAGUCAGUGAAUGGGACCCAGCCCACCACUGCAGCUGGGGAAGCCUGGGCUGCGACCCGGACACUCCCAGGCACUGCUAUAUCCCAUAAAACCAUUCGGUGUCCUUCAGGAAUGGCACUUGUAUUGAGGCAGGAAGUAUCUGACACAGCCCUGUGCCACCGCUGCCUCCCACCCCCCACCAUGGGUGACCUGUGGGCACUUCAUGACCAACUCAUUUUUAAAAUCCUGCACGUCCUAGACUUGCCAUGUGUGCAAUGGCAUCACUGGGGGGGUGGGGUACAGACUCUACCAGGUAACACUAUCAGAGAGGGUGACACCAAAAUGACUGUCUAACAUUUUUGUGCAGUGUUUCACCAGAAAUUUAUAGUUUUUUAUAAAAAUAUCCCUGAAGUUAGUUGUAACAACAAAAACAUUUUUCUUAAGCCCGGUUUGCAUGUAUCAAUAGACCCACAAGGCUAAAACUCUAUGCUA